AGAGAGUUUAUCCACAAAUCCUGGGAUCAGUGAUCAUACUGGCAGUGUUCGUCGUCUGCUUGGAGCCAGCAUGUCGUCUGCUUUUCGGGUUAUUUGACAGCCAAACGUCAAACAAAACUUCAUCUAAUCGGACAUAAAUUGCCUUUUCUAUUCCAUUUACUACUCCCAUGAUAUUAUAUUCCUCUUCUUCUUCACGUGAAGCGGGGAGAAAGAAAAAACUAACUUUGUUUGUUGUGUGGAAUUAUUCAAAUCUAUGGUGAUGCACAAGCAAGUUGUGUUUGAAAUGUCAAUUGAUCAAUAAUACACUUUGUGACAACUCAUAGGAUUUGAUUGAAAACGCAUUAAAGUAUGGCAGCUCCAACUGCAGUUGACCUAGAAUUAGAAAGUCGGGUCAAGAAAGCAUCAGAAAGAAUUUCAGAAAACAUGCACAUUGUUGCCAAUGAGCCAUCUUUAGCCUUUUAUCGGUUGCAAGAACACGUCCGCAAAUCAUUGCCACCUAUGGUUGAAAAUCGUGUUGAAGUUAUAAAGUUACAUCGAGAAUUACAAGGGCACUGCUAUGAUGUAGAGUAUGCUGUCAGUGCUGUGAAGUCUAUGGAAGAAGCAGGACCGCAUUUUGAAAAUAUGAAAGAGUUGAUAAAGAGUGCAACCAACUAUAGACAACAAUUGAAGAUGGAUGAGAGUCGGAAGGGAAAGAAAGAAUCUUCAGUUUACAAACGACUGUCUGCACACAUCCCUCUGGAUCUUCCAGAUUUGCCAGAGUUAGGAAAUGCACUACGUGAAACUGCAAAUAGAGUAGAAUCUAUGAUGGCAGAAGCUCGCCACUCAAAUGCUGAGCAUUAGCCUGUUUCUGCAAAAUGUAUUUAGUUCAUGAACCUGCAACCAUUGGAAUCCUCUUGCAGCAUGGAAUAAGGCAUUUCCUGUGUAAAAUUAUGCAAACUUGUAAUUUUGAGUAUUUUUACUAAUUUAUAACAUCACAUUUGAAUUCAGGUAUAAAAAAUUACAGAUCCUAAAUUAUUUCUAACUCACAAAUCAAGCAGAAAAACAAUACUUGAUUAACUCAGAGUAAUUCAGUGGAUCACAUUUGUUUAAUGAGUGAGUCACCAUACAUCUAGACAUGUUCAUUGAGUAGGUCUCACCUCAAAGCAAAAACUUGUAAUGCAAGUUAAAUAAGUUGUCAUGUCGGUGGUAAUACAUUGUAAAUUAGCUACAACCUAUAUCAAUAAAAUUUAAAUUUUUAACAAUA